CGAUUGCUAUUGAUAGGUUAUAUAAUGAAGACCAUAGGGUGGUUAAGAAGCACUUUCUCACGUAGAGAAAGUAAAACAUUGUAUUGUCUGCUCGGAGAUAGGAGUAAAAUGGGGGUUAUCCACUAAGAUGGACACAACUCUAUUAGGGAUAGGAGCUGGAGAGGCGCCAAGACCUGGUUUCCAUGACCACUCACACCGGGACUAGCAGUGGCCUGGUUCCAAACCAUGUACCUGGGCUCUGUGACCUUAUGCUCCACGUGCAUCCCUUCCCUCUCCAUCCACCUACCCCAUAUACCUGUUGCGAUCCUUAAGAAGUCUGGAGACGGCUCACCCUGGAUACGGCUGUCACGGCGUCUCUCGAUCCAAUCUAGCCAGGACGAAACGUCGCACUGCCAGCCGAGAUUCACCAGUGGGAAGCGCUUGUGUGGCCCAUAGCUUUGUACUGACCUCGCGGUUGGGGGUUGCACGGGGACGAUGAACAAAGGAGGAUCGAGGCCUUUGAGAUAAAAGGGCUCCGCCGCACACUGAGGAUCCCCUGGACAGCCCCCGCCGGAUAAAUAAAUCGACCCUCGAUGAAAUGGGCUUCCAAGAGCAGGUUCCUCGAUUCGAUGGAGAGAGAUCAUCUGGGAUGCGUCCUGCGGAAGCCCGGAGACUACGUGGAGAAGGUAACUCGAGGCUUGGUCCAAGCGGCUGGCCCAGAAGAACUGGCAUUAGUGGUGCUGUUGCUUGGACAGGGCGCACUAUGGAAGAGCUUCGCAAUAACUUCCGCAGAUGAAUCGCUGUGACGUUGAGUAGUCCAUCUCGCGGCUAGCCCUCGCAUCGUGGAAGACUAGAAACAAAUAUUGGCUGAAAAAACCUUCGUGCUGUCAUGAACCAAAGUUUAGUCGAGGAUAAAGCACCCCACGCCAGCAAAGGUAGGUAAGAGGUGGAUAAAUGAGAUGGUAGGUAGGCGUUAGAGUUGAGUGAAUUCACAGCCAGCAAAUAUGAAUAAAAAACAUUUUGUAUUAAAAAUAAAUCUAGGAAAUGAACAUGGAGUAGCCCGAACGGUGAAUUUUAAAUCAGAUUGACUUGGAGAUUAAAAAUUAAUGAAAGAACAUUUGGAUUAAAAUCUAUAUUAAAAGAGGAAUGAGUCUUGUGUUGUGACGUCACGUUGACUCGCAGGCAUCGCGCGGGACGCCCAUCAGGCCGAGGGGUCCUUUCACAAAGUAAGGUUCUGAUUGGUUCCCGUUUUCUUCGCCAGUGGCCAUCUUACGUAGGGAAGGGCGCCGUGAUAGGGACAUCACGUGGGUGCUACGCCGGCUCUGUGGGGGCCUCCGUUCCCCACCUAACAUGGUGGAAGCUGCUUCACGCUGGGACGCGCGGUACCGAGUCGCCGCGUCGCUAUGGGAGCGGCGCGGUUGCUGCUGCUGCUGCUCGCGUUGAGCGCCACGGAGCGUGGGGAGCAGGAGACGCCGCGCACAGCAGGAGCCGCCGGCUGCCCCCGCGGCGCGUUCAGGCUGCCCGGCAUGGCGCGCUGCGAGCCGCUGCUGGGCUGCACGGAGAUGCGGGGCGCGGUGCGGCCCCGUGGGCUCCUGGGGCAGGGCGCCGUGAAGCAGGUUCACCUGGCGGAGUGGCGCGGCCUCACCGUGGCGCUGGCUCGACUCCGGGACCCACGCUACCGCGCCGACAUGCGGCACGGUGUGGCCAUGCUGCGCGGGCUGCAGGGCCCUCACGUGGUGCAGCUGGUGGGGGUGUGCGAGGAGGACGACGCCUUUGUGGCGGAACACCACGCGCUGGGGGCGCUCCACACGGCCGAGCGCGUGCUCCAGGGACACGGCUGGAGGACGCGCAUGGAGGUGGCGAUGAGCUACGUGGAGGCGUUGGCAUUUCUGCACGAGAGCCCGCUGGGCACGCGCGUUAUGUGCGACUCCAACGACCUGGCCAAGACACUGUCGCAGUUCCUGCUCACGUCGGAGCUGCGCGCCGUGGCCAGCGACCUGGACGCGUUGCCGCAGGUCGACCGUGGCGCCGGCCGGCUCGCCACGUGCGGCCACCGUCAGCUCGACGGGGAAUUCGUGGCGCCCGAGCAGCGGUGGCCCUACGACGAUCGGCCCUUCGACGAGAGCGCCAUGCCGGGCUACGACGAGAAGAGCGACGUGUGGAAGGUGCCCGACGUUACGGAUUUCCUGCUGGGUGCUGCGCGGGGCAGCGACGUCGCUCGCUUCCAUCUCUUCGGAGUACACGGCCGCUGCAAGGAGCGCGAGCCGGCGCUCAGGCCCAGUGCCGGGGAGCUUGCGCGCACGUACAGGGCCCUGCUGGCAGAGCUGGAGCACGAGGAACUGUGAGAUCCACGCGGCCACACGGCCAAUAAAAACUGUUCGAGUUUGUGAAGCGUCUUAAAAGUGCAACUGCAUUUCAGCAAUCUAUUAGGAUGCGUGUUACAAAGAAGGAGGUGUGUAUGUAAUGUAUGGUGGGGUGGAGCGGUGAUGCAGUGGUUCGUGUACCACGCUGUGAACCUAGCGACCAGAGUUUGUUUCUCAGCCGUGGUUAACAUCAGUGGCAAAUGUUGUCUGAACCGGUCCUGGCCCCCAACUCUUUGCCAACCUACACUGACAAUCGUGGUGAAGUAUGGAUAAACACCAUCCAAGAUUGACACGACAUGGGGAGGUCUUCAUUCAGAGUGGAUUAAAAAGAGUUGUAAAUUGUUUAUUAUGUAUAUAUUUACACACUAUUUGAAGUGAAGAGUCGGGCAACAAAGCAGAAGCGUGGUCUUGAACUGAGGUUGGGAGUCUCCAGCACAGAUGGCUUUGAGCUCCACGAUCUCUAUGAUUGUUCAACUCUCAAACCCAAGCUCCUACAGAGCUGAGACUGUGUAAGCUGAAGAAAGGUCCAUCGCUCGCGUUAUCAACUGGAAAUCGUAUAUGGCACCGACGCAGCUGUGAGACUCGCAGGGCACGACGGGGCCCUGCCGGCUCUCCACACUGUACCCUACACCCACGUUCCCCCUGAAUGUGUCCGGCCAUGUCGGACCUCGGGAACUAAGCAGGCUUGAGGAGUCUGGAUAGAAUUGCUUGACAUUACAUCCCUAGCUUUUACGUGAUAAAUGCCAAAUUCAAUAAAUGAGCAAUAACAAUUGCAAAGUUUUGCACAGGAGUUACAUUUGUGUGUGAAAGCUUGAAGUAAAGGGAUUUCUUUGAGUGCAAAGUCUGUAAAGUUUCCUGAAUUCUCAUCAUGGGUCUACUGUGACAUUGAUCCCGUCUUGUUUGCUUUUUUAAGAGUGAUUCACGCGACCUUUGGUCCAACUUGCUCCUUCCCUCUAAUUCAGACAAAUAAAUGUCACCACUGCAGUUCUCAUCGCAGGAGGCAUGCCCAGGGAACAUUGGGCUCAAUAACACGGAUGAUAACCCAUUAUGGGCAAGACCAGUAUUUGUACAGGUGUAGAGGUUAAUUUUCAGUCUACUGAGGUUAAAUACAACAAUAGUGUCUGUUAUCCUUAGUCUUUAUCGGAAUCUAAUUGAUUGUCCUGUAUAUGAAUGGUAGAGAAACCUUUUGCUAAGCCUGGCUUACUCCCCUGACUGGUUUCCCUUUACAUCUUUCUUCUCAGUGAUCUUUGCGAACCAUUUGUGCGUGGGCGUAGAGGCUGAUGGGCCUGUAGUUCAAGUCGGUUCAAUCAUCAUUUUUUAAUAGAUUAAAGAUUGAGACAGCAUUCCACGAUUGAGGUCUACUUGAUGUACAGACAUUUUAUAGUCGGUCUGUACAUUUUGUUCCAACUGGUUCAACUUCUCUGUGGCCCUGAUCUUGCUGCGAUUACAGCGGUUGACGGAUCAUUCAAAUAUUAAAGUUCAACAGUACUCCUGCA